AGUAUGAAGUGAGUUUGAGGUGGGGCGCUGUUGUGUUUUCUUCUGGGUAAAGGGGCAGAGCGGAUGCGCGGUCUCCCUGGGUUCGCCACUGGGACGAGGCUCCGUGGUCGUUCGGCGGAAUUCCCAGGCGCUGGACUGGCUACAAACCGCUCAGGGCUUUCGCCUCGCCCGCUGAAGACAUCACUGAGAUUGGUAAUGGGCAAAUGCAGGAAUUAAAAGAUGGAACUCCAUUCGCUUCUAAAUAUUAUGACGACCUAACCGGACAGGAUUGUGAGGGACACAAUUCUGCAAUCACAGUCUGGUUAGGAACACACAAAAUUGAGAAUAUUCUCUUAUUUGAACCUGCUCAAAGCAUGAAAGCUCACAGAUUCAAGAGUGAAGAGCAUGGCAGAGGAAGCUGGUAGACACACAUGACUCCAGUGCCUAGGAUGUUUGUACAAGAAUGGAUGGAGUGCAGCAGCAUGGAGCUCAGGGGCAGGUGCCUUUUACUUUGGAUCGCUCAUUCACUAAGCUGUUGAAGGUUCACCGAGAAGUCUUGGUGGGUCGUAUGACAAAUACAGAGUGUGUGCUGCGCAACCUACAGAGGAAAGGUUAUAUUUCCAAUGAGGAAGCCGAACUGUCACAGCAGCAGCCAACGCAAGCAGCUAAGGUUCGACAAAUAUUGGAUCUAGUUCAGAGUAAGGGAGAAGAAACAGCAGACUAUUUCUUAAACAUUUUGUACCAAGCCAAUGACAUUUACACAGACCUAAGCCAAUGGCUGAAAGAAAUACAGUAUGAGCCAUCAGAACGCGUACGGGCUAAAUCCGUAGUUAAUACUGACACUGUCUGCCAGUAUAUUCAAAAGAUCAAACAGGAUCUACGGCAGGACACAAGAUUUGUCACUUCCUAUGUCAGGAAAGAAGACAUUUUAUUGGAGGAUACGUACACUGACACUCUAAUGGAACUAAUCAAUGCAGUCAAUGAAACCAUAGGAACCGUCUCGCACCUGGAGGAUUUGUUCAAUGACACUGGAACCAUUAACAAAGAUGCAGAAACUGUGUUCGUAACAGGUGAUGCUGGUGUUGGAAAGACCAUACUCCUCCAGCGACUUCAGAACUUGUGGUCAAAGAGUGAGGUUUGUGCUGACAUUAAGUUCUUCUUCAAGUUUAGAUGCAGACUGUUCAACAGCUUUAAGGAGGAAGACAAGAUCUGCCUGCGAGAUCUUCUGUUCAAGUACAACUGUUACCCUGAUAAGGACGCUGAUGAGAUAUUCAGUUACAUCCGACAGCAUCCAGCCACUGUCCUCUUCACACUGGAUGGAUUUGAUGAAAUUAAUUUGGAUUCUGACCUUAACGAUAUCCCUGAUGUCUCAUCACCCUUUGAGCCCACACACCCAAUAACCCUGUUGUUGAACCUUCUCCGAGGAAAGUUAUUAAAAGGUUCCAAAAAAUUGUUGACAGCGAGGACAGGCACAAACCUACCUCUGAGGAUGGUGAGAAAACGAGUAACUCUGAAGGGCUUUUCCAAGGAACAUCUGCUGGGUUAUCUGAAGAAGUUUUUCAAAAACAAGGCUGAUCGAAAUUUGGUUCUAAUCCAGCUGGAGGCAAACCCUCACUUGUGCAGUCUGUGCACAGUACCAUUGUUUUGUUGGAUUAUAUUUAAAUGCUAUGAGCACUUUCAGUCCUCGAGCAGCCCUCAGCAGUUGUUGGAUUACGUUACACUAACAGACAUUUACCUGUUGAUGCUGGAGGUAUUCCUGAAUCGCUCUACCAAGGUGGCGAUGAACAAGCAAAGCAAAAGCCAAAAUGAGACCUUUAAAGCAAAGAAAUGUGCGUUGAUGCGUUUAGGAAAACUGGCAAGGAGAGGAAUUGAAAACAAUAACUUCAUCUUCAGUCAGGAGGAAAUCACAGCUGCUAACAUCUCUGAAGAAGAUUUACAAUUGGGUUUCAUUAAAACUGCAGGGCACUAUGAUGGUUGUGGGAACCAUUCAACAUAUGAGUUUCUUCAUCUAACCCUCCAGUCCUUUUUCACUGCUUUUGCCUUGGUUGUGGAUGAGGAAAUCAGUGCCAGGGAAACCAUUAACUUUUUUGCCAAAUGUGAUAACCACAUGAUUGGAGCCCAGGUCAAUAGUCUUCUGCUGCAUUGCUUGGGCUAUAACUCUUCCCAAGGGAAGGAGCAAUUGGACAUGAAUGAGCACUUGCAGUUCACCAUUCUUUUUCUUUGUGGCCUCCUGUCUAAAGCUAAAAGGGACUUCUUCAAACACUUGUCUUCUUCGAGGAGCGUCCAAAGGAAGCGCGUGGCACUCAAGUCCUACCUCGCCAAGCGCGUAGAAGCACAUUUGAAAAAUCUGCCUAAGGCGCCAUACCAAGGCUUUUCCAGAGUACAAGCCUUGCCCCGUUUUAUCUGGCUGCUGCGCUAUAUUUUUGAAACUCAGAGUGAAGCGGUAGCCAACCUUGCAGCUAGGGGGAUUUAUGCCGAUUAUAUCAAACUCACCUUCUGCAAUGCCUUCUCUGCUGAUUGCAGUGCAAUUGCAAAUGUUCUGCGCCAUCGUAAAAAGAUGAUUGGACUUGAAUUGGACAACAACAAUAUCAAUGACUAUGGGGUGAAGGAACUAAUUCCUUGUUUCAGUAAACUCACAGUGGUUAGGUUGAGUGUAAACAUGGUCACAGACGACGGAGCUAAGGUGCUGGCCGAAGAACUCAUAAAAUAUAAGAUUAUUAAAUAUCUUGGCCUAUACAGGAAUCAGAUCACUGAUGUUGGUGCUCAAUACAUUGCCAAAAUCAUUGAGGAAUGUUCAAGUCUUCAUACGUUAAAAAUUGGCCUCAAUAAGCUUACAAGUGUUGGAGGGAAAUUAUUAGCACAAGCAAUUCAGAAAAACAAGACAUUCAGAGACUUGGGAAUGUGGGGGAACCGGAUUGGAGAUUUGGGUGCUGUUGCCUUUGCUGAAACUUUAAGGAAUCACCCUUCAAUACAAGAACUCAGUCUGGCAGCCAAUGGCAUUUCCACAGAAGGCGGUAAAAGCUUGGCAGCAGCACUGCGAGACAACUGUUCCCUGGAGACAUUUUGGUUGACAGAAAAUCAGUUGAACGAUGAUGCGGCGUUAAUUUUUGCAGAAUCACUCGUGGUAAACAGAAACCUGCUUCACUUAUGGUUGAUAAACAACAAAAUUACUGGUGCGGGUGUAAAGCCUUUCCUAGAAGUACUAACUAAAAAUUCAACAAUUAAAGAGAUAUGCUUGAAUGGCAAUAGCAUAUCUGCUGAAGAAGCCAAAACAUUUGAAAAUGAAAAGCGGUUGGUUCUGUGAAUGCCAUUUCUCAUGAACAAUGUACUGGAGGGUUUCAAGUAAAAUGCUCACCAAGUAAUGGAAGUUUGUGGGUGUGUUGAUAACCCCAAAGGGACUGAAACAGCCAGAAAAUCAUGGUGUUUUCUUCUAGCUCUGAAAGACUACAGCUCCUUGACCAUGAGCAACCUGUAACUAUUGUCUACAGUCCCAAGCUUCAAUGCAAAGGUAUAAACACAGCUAAGGCAGAUAUUAAUGAUGGGUGUCCUUCCAUCACUGAUUCAAAUGAUGAUGUAUUCUGAAGUCUCAUGGAUGACAAUUUCCAGGCAAUCAAACAUUUGUAGUUAUUUAUCUUUAUUUAUGCCACUAUGUUCUGAUGGUUUAUAAAAUAAUUUCAGGGAUUGAAUUUAAGUUUGCAGUUUGUAGUUCUUUAUUCGUUAUCUCCCUUAUUAAUGCAGGAGUGGAAGCAUUGGAGCAUUAAAUUGCAAGAGAAGUGUACACAACGCUAUAUUACUGAGGUUUGCAUUAACGUUACCUAUUUUGAAUUGCAAAGCUUGAUGGGAUUAUAUGCUUGGUUCACUUGACCAUCAGUAGUCAGUUGAUUCUAUUUUCCAAAUCAUCAUCCUUUUUCAGUUGGAUAUUUUGAUACUGGAAACAAUCUUUUGGGCAAUGAUUCUGUCAAGGAUUUUGGGAUAAUGCAUCACUAAGUGAGCAUUUCAUCUUCCAUAGUAGACUGGGAAAUGGAGCCUCUGUCUAGACUGAGAAGAGGAAGUACCACUACAUUUUUUUUCAACACCAUCGCCCAUGCCCAAUAUUUUAGAAAGGUUUAAAUGCAUUCAGAUGAAGAAGUUGUGAAGUGUAUUAUUUUAAUCGUAAACACUAUCCAGCAUGAUUUCAAAUGAUCUUUGUCUAUAUUCCAUGUAAUCCAGCUGACUUCUGCAUGGAAGAGAUUGGUAUGCCUCUCUUGUCUCUCUGUAGUUUUGAUUUUACAGGUAGACUUGGCCUUAAGGUGCUAAAGGACAGGUUAAGGAAUUAAUUCCCCCAUCGGCCCUCAGUGCCUCCCUGUCAGUUGAUUUGACUGGAAUCACCAGGAUUUCCUUUCCACAAGCAACCAUCAGAUGAUUCCAUUUUCCAAAGAGACAAGGAAUGUUUGGCCUAACAAAGGGGACAUGAUGUGAAGCGCAAAGAUUUUCAUUUAUUGAAGUAAAAUUUCUUCAAUAUUGUCAGAUUGGAAGUUCAAAUUUCCAGUUCAAAGUAAAUUAAUUGUCAAAGUACAUAUAGUUCAUGUUACCAUAUACAGUAGAUUCUGUUUAAUUGGGAUACAAUUGAACCUGUAUAUUUUGGCUCAGUUAAGCGGCUGCCCCAAUUAGCUGAAGCUUCAUGGUGUUACGAAUGUGCCACAACUCUGAGGGGCCGAAGGGUACAAAGUCACCCCCUCCUUUUUGAGAAUCGCAAGAUCGCUAUUAAUUCGGGUCUGGGACCCAGGAAAUGAGAGAGAGACACGCAGAAUACACAAGGUUUGGAAUGUGUCCUGGCCUCAGCGGAACGGAACCACUGAUAACGGCUAUUGUCUCUUGGAGACGGAAUUGUGUAUUGAGUACUGUACUAUUCAUUGAAACCCCUCAGGGGACAACCAGAGUGGUCUGGUUGAGGGAUUGCAUCAUCCCAACCUGAUUGACAUCUGAGACCCCGUGAGUAAGGAUAAAAGAGGGAUCUGGGGAACAACGCCUUUAGAUGCACCAGGAGAAAUGCUAGAAAUCCAGUGACAGGGUUUAAUAGCGACAGUCGGUGGGGGCUCGUGUGCGUCCUCCCUUGCCAGGGUGGCGGGCUCACCGCGGAAGAACGGUUUAGCUAAAGGAGAGGCCACAAGUGAACGGCCACGACAAUGAGACACCUGACAGAUCGAAAUCAUAAAAGGAAAGCUGGCAAGUUUUUCUCCUAAUCUCUCUCUCUCUCUCUCUCUCUCUCUCUCUCUCUCUCUCUCUCUCUCUCUCUCUCUCUCUCUCUCUCUCUCUCUCUCUC